CGCAUUAAACAUAAAAAUCACAUUACAAAACAUUUUGUUAUUUUCAAAGCGACAAACUAUAAUAUGGCCGAAAUACAAAAUUUGCAAGAUAUAAAUAAAGAAGAGUUGAUCAACUCUGUUAGAUUUUACCCUUGUCUUUAUGACAAAAGAUCAAUUGGGUAUAAAAAUACCCAGAAAAAUAAUUCCAUAUGGAAAUCCAUAGCAGCAGAAAAUAGUAUUGAGACAGUAGAGAUAGCUAAAUCUACAUGGAAGAAUCUAAGAGAUUCUUUUUUGAGGGAACAUAAAAAGUUGAAAUGUUCAAAAAUUGGGUCAGGGGCUGAUCACAGUCCCACCUGGAAAUUUUAUAAUAAUUUAACUUUUUUGAUUCCCACUAUAGAAUCUGGGAAACAAUACACCAACCUGAAAAAAAUAAAACCUCUUAUACCUAAUAUUGGUGAAGCAAACAUUGCUACAGAUGAGUGGAAAUUUCCAAUAUGAAGAUGCUGUUGAAAUUGAAUGUGUAGAGACUAGUCAGAGUCAGUCUACAGAUGUUAGGAAUGAUGCAUCACCACCAACUAGUGAAUCUUAUGUACCUGGCAAAAAGUUAAUUAAAAAGAGAGAUAUUGAUCAAG